GUUGGAAAAAAGAGUUGGAGGGGGCGGGGUGCAGCAGAGAUGUUCUGAGGCUUUUUUUUUUUUUUUUAAAUAUAAAAUUAUUUAUUUAAAUAAAAAUGGCUGCCGUGGAGAGCGAGGAGGAGACAAUAAAGGAGGAACCAGAGGGCCAGGAGGAGAGAGUACGACCACACAGUAAGACUAAGAAGGUGCGCAAGGAACGGCGCCAUGUUGAACAGGUGGCAGUCUCUCAGGAGCCGUUGCCCCUGUCAGGGGUGGAGUCAAAGACCUCGCCAUCAGACCCGGUGGCGGGGCCCUCGCAAGCGGCAUCUGGUAGCGAGUCUGCGGGUUCUCCCAGGCAACGGCGCUCCAUCAUCCGAGAUCGCGGACCGCUAUACAGCGACCCCUCACUGCCUGUAGGCUGGACCCGCAAGCUUAAGCAGAGGAAGUCUGGACGCUCAGCAGGAAAGUUUGACGUCUACCUGAUCAACUCGGAGGGAAAGGCCUUCCGGUCCAAGGUGGAGCUCAUCGCUUACUUCCAGAAGGUCGGUGACACCACGACUGAUCCCAACGAUUUUGACUUCACUGUGACUGGACGUGGAAGCCCCUCUCGGCGUGAGAAAAAACCUCCCAAGACACCAAAAGUGGUCAAACCAUCUGGGAGAGGCCGUGGACGGCCCAAAGGCAGUGGGAAGAUACGUCAGGCUACGGAAGGUGUGGCCAUGAAGCGUGUGGUGGAGAAAUGUCCUGGAAAACUGUUGGUCAAAAUGCCAUACAACAAGGCGGAGUCCAGCAGUGAGACCACACCCACCACUUCAAAGGUGUCAUGUCCUGCCCUGCCGUCAGUCAAGUCUCGUCCAGGCAGGAAAAGGAAAUCAGAACAGGAUCUUCCUGCUCCCCUUCAGACCACACCAAAAAAACGUGGCAGGAAACCAGCCUCCACUUCAGCAGCAGUGACAGCUCCCAUGGCAUCUUCCUUGUCAGCAUCAACCUCCGGUAUGUCAACUGCAGGGGGCUAUGCCGCUGCCGCCAUUAUGGCUGCUGAGGCCAAGCGCAGAGCUUCCAGCAAACCUGUCGUCCAGGAAACAGCCUUGCCAAUCAAAAAACGCAAAACGAGAGAGACAAUUGAGGAGAGGGAGAAAGUUCCGACUCCAGGCUCGAGUACCACACAACCUGGUAGGAUGGCACACUCCGAAGGAGAGGCCGGUUCGAAGGAACCAACACAAACUUCCCAGGUUCACCUUGCCUCUUUGGAGGAGAGCCAAUCCCACUCCCAUAGCCAGCCUUCUGCUUCCCAAGAAAGUCAAUCACAUGGACAUAAAACACACAAAGGGAGGAAGCACAAGGAGAAGCGUGGGACAGCAGAAAGUCAAGAGGAGGAACUAAGCAAAGACCUUGAUGAAAAGGGUGGAAAAGGACCAAGGAGUAGCAGCAGUAGCAUGAGUCCUUCUAAAAGCCACAAAAGGAAGGAGCGCUCCCCACACAAACAUCACCAUCAUCAUCACCAUCACCGUCACCAUCAUUGCCACCAACAGAGCUCCCAUUUGGAUCAUCCUCAUCCAAUAUCUGGACCCUCAAACCAGUCCCGACCCAAACCUCAGCUACACACUGACUCCCAGUCCACUGCCCCCAAACCACCUGCCUUGUCACAACCCUCGCCUCAACCCUGCCCCCUCCAGUCCUCAUAUCCUGGUCAGAGUCAUGUCCCGCUUCAAGUUCCAAUUAUUCAGUCCUCCCCCAUCAGGCAUUCCCCUCCUCAGCCACUCCCCAAAACACCAACGUUAGCGCAACACCAAACUCAGCUGGCAGUUCAGCAUGUUCCAUCACCCUCACAGGUCCAGCCCCCGCAGACGAGGAAUCUUCAUCCACAAGCCCAGUCCCCUGUAACACUUCAACCUCAGACACAAUCCAGACCCUUCUUUGAGACUCAACUACGUCCUCAACUUCAAAUGCAGACCAGGACCCACCACGCAGCUGAGCUGCAAGUACAGACCAGAACCGCGGCCCAACCUCAUCUACAACACCACUCCAAGAGCCCUGCACAAACAGAAUUCUCGGACAGCCCUCCCACACAAACUCAGCCCCCAACACUGAUAAACCCUCCUUUGCAACAUCAACUUCACAUUCAAAGUAGACCACAAAUCAGACCCUCGCUCUCCCAGACCAGGCCCCCACAGUCUCGAAUGCCGCUACAUCUUCCGCAGAUUCAACCACAGCUGCCCAGGCCGCACCUGCAACAACUCCCGCUCCAACAACCGUCUCUGCAUAUGGCCAUAAGUCACAACCUGGUUUAUGCACAGCAGAGUGAGCAGCCGCAAGACCUGAGCACCACAUCCCCAACUCGCAGCCUGGAGGGUGGGCCAAGAACCGAAAUACGAGUUGAAGCCGGACUCGUCUCAGAAAGCAGAGAGACAACUGGUUCGAACAGCACUCCUCCCAGUGCUCCCGGGCCUCCUAGCUCAAUGCGCUCCGAUUCUGACGGAAGAGCAGGGACGGAAGAUGGUGUCGGUCUUUUGUCUGGGACAGAAAGCAGGGCUCGGUUACAGGUGGAUUCGGAGGGGGCAGGUGAGGGCAGGGAGCUCAGAGACAUGGUCCCCCCAUCUGCUGUUCCCUGUCCCAGCCGAGAGGAAACAGUUGAGACUCGGACUGCUGUUAGCGAGAGAGUCAGCUGAUCAGUGGGCGCUAUAGGAAAGUGGAUUGUGCCCUUGGGGACAGAGGUGGUACCAGUGAGGGCUCUUCCUCCAUCUUUGUGCACUGCUGUUCCAUGGAACAACCCUUUCAUUUUUUGACAAUGAAAUGAGCGUUAAGAUAGCACUGACAAUGACUGAGUAGAAGGAUGGAUGGUGUCAUUUUUUAGGAAAACAAAAAGGAAAAUAUAGAUUUAAAAUGUGUGUGUGCGUGUGUGUGCGCGCGCGCGCGCGGCUGCAUGUGCGUGGGUGUUUGUACAUAAUCAAAAGGCAGCUGUGUCUUGCUCAUUUGGGUGGGUAAAGGGGGGGACAGUUUGGAACUGAAAACAAACGGCUAAGUACACAUUGCCACCAACAAAAUCUCGCUUCCAGAAUAUAACCUUUUUUUUUUCUAUUUUAAAAUUUGUUUCUUCUCUACAGCUUUAAAGUUCUCUGUAAUUGACUGACGCUCCGUUGAACGUGACCGUAUAUAUCGCUGACUGACACGCCUAAUUCAGUUGAAUGGCUUCUUCAAACACUCCCAAAUUCUUCCAGUGCCCCCAUACUUCUAGCCAAUAGUUCUACAUUUGAUCCAAACACUUAUUUCCAACACAGCGCUGACAAGUCCUGGAAUCUUCCGGAGUGACAUUCAAACUGACUCCCAUAUUUGAUCUCCAUGAGUCGUUCUUCCAUCUUGGUUGUUUUUCAAGAGGAACCAUGUGUUUUGUCAACGCAAACCUACUGAGAGCACAUCUUCUUCACCUUACUUCUGACCACUGUUAGACUCCUCUUUGUCUUGAUUUCUGCGGAACAGCCACUGGAAGACUUGCGAGUAGCGGUCCAUCUUAUUGUUUUGCCAAAUAAGCCAAACUCCUGUUGUGGGGAGGCAGCAACACCAAACUACAUUCAACACCAACUACAAUCUCACCAUUCUGGAAGCAUUUGAACGUUUGAAGCGGGACAUCUACUGAUUCUUUAACACACACACAUUGCAGGUUUGGCUUGUAGUUGUGGAGGACGUCAAGCCAAAACUUAGCAGGGCUCAGAUGGUAAAAGUGGUCACAGGUUUUUCUGUAAUGUUUUGUCUUCAUAGCGUCUUGCGAGGAUGAACUUGUGACUCCGCUAAUAGCUUUUCCUGUCUGUUUUUGCUGACAUUCUUGUACUUAUAUCCCAUCAGGAUAUACUGCAUUGGAUAUGUUAUUGGUGGCAUGGUGGUGGACUGGUUAGCAUGUCCGCCUCACAGUGCAGAGAUCGUGGGUUUGAAUCUGGUCUUGGGCCUUGCUGUGUGGAGCAUGUUCUCCUAUUGUCUGCGGAGGUUUUGUUCGGAUAGUCCGGUUUCCUCCCACAUUCCAAAAAACAUGCAAACAUACAAGUAUAAUUUUGAGUGUGAAUGGUUGUCUAUGUGUACUCUGCAAUUGUCUGGCAACCAGCUCAGGAUGUACCCCACCUCUCGCCCAAAAAUCAGCUGGGAUAGGCUCCAGCACACCUAUGACCUUUGUGAGGAUGAAGCAGUUCGGAUAAUGGGUGCAUGGGUGUGUUGUCGUUGGCCACAGUCCAUGAGAGUUUUAUUUACCAGUGCAGGACAGUACAGAAAGAGUACCGUACUUGAAAAAAAA